AUGGCUUCAACGCAGAUAAACUUAACCAUAGGGCCUCUGGCUUCGACCCUCGAGGUAGUAACCUUUGUAGCGCUAACAGGCAUGGCUUGGUUCAACACGGCGGAACUGUUUUGCACAAUAUUUCUUACAUUCAAAAGCUGGACUGGCAAAUACUUUUAUUGUCUGAUUGUGGCCACUCUGGGGGUAUUCGUCUUUCAGACUAAUGUCUUCAUGAUGAUCUUUGCGCCUCACUUGAACAUGUAUGGCAUCAUUGCUUGCAUUGGCUUUGGUUGGAGUUCAAUGGUCACAGGCCAGUCACUCGUUCUGUGGUCAAGACUACACCUGGUCUGCCGGAGUCAGUGGAAACUGCGACUCAUUCUAUACAUGAUCGUUGUCAAUGGUGUUUGCAUGCACGGUCCGCAAACCGUGUUUUCGCUGAUGGCAGUCGAAAACAACGCCAUCAACCCCGCUUACAAGCCCUUCGAGAUCAUGGAGAAGAUAUCCGUUGCCAUCUUGAGCGCCCAAGAGCUCAUCAUCUCUCUUGUGUACCUCUCCGAAGCGGUACGGAUCCUGCGUGUCAGUGAAACCCUUCAGAGAAAAGGGAAUCGGCAUCGGAUCAAGAUGCUGCUUCUAGCCAACCUCGCCAUUAUCUGCAUCGACAUAUGCAUCAUAACGCUCGAGUUUCUUGCCCUCUGGGGUGUGUGGUGUAGUUUCAAAGGCUUCGGAUACAGCGUCAAACUCAAGAUUGAGUUCGCCAUUCUCAAUCAACUUCGUGACUCUAUCCAAGGAUCAUCCACUACAGACAGCUACGUUUUGGAAUCCUCCAAGAACAGUGUUGGUCUGUACUCGUGCAAUCGAGCGGAUCCGAACACCAGUGCUCCAUCUCAGCCGCAUCGAUUUGUGCUAAAACGGCAGAAUUUCGAACAGAUUGGCGACGGCAAUCAGAUCGUAAAGACAACAAAGAUCAAGAUUCGUCAUGAUGACAAGGCUGGAGUCCCAGAUACUACCAUAUUCUCCAAUGAAAGACAGCAUCAAGGAUUGGAGAAUUGGGACGGUGCGAGGAGCUUACAUUCAAAACCAUCAUCGGAGAUUGAACUUUCGGCAAAACGUUGA